AUGGCGUCGCUCUUCUCAAUCCCUUCGUAUUCAUCAUAUUCUUCCUCGUCCUCGGCUUUUCUCUCACCCACACUGAAGAACACCCCAAAAUGCUCAUCUUUCCUAACACCCAAAAGGACCCCUCAAUUCAGAAGACCCCUCUCUGUAAUCUCCCUUCUCACGCAGGAAUCUGAGCCGCCGCCGGCCGUGCAGACCUUCUGGCAAUGGUUCUGUGACCAAGGAGUCAUCUCCAGCAAGUGCCCGGUGAAGCCCGCCGUGGUGCCGGAGGGCCUGGGAUUAAUUGCUCAGAGGGACAUAGCCAAAAAUGAGGUCGUUUUGGAGGUCCCCAAGAAGUAUUGGAUCAACCCAGACACGGUAUCGGGUUCGGAGAUAGGAAGCGUAUGCGGGGGUUUGAAGCCGUGGAUCGCGGUUGCCCUGUUUUUGAUUAGAGAGAAGAAGCUCAAAAAGGACGACUCUCCCUGGCGAUACUAUUUUGAUAUUCUUCCAGAGUAUACAGAUUCUACUAUAUAUUGGUGGGUUUGA